ACAUCGAAAAAGUAGCAAAAAUGUCGCACUCAGUGUCGCCACAUCGGGCCAACCUGCUGCUCCAGAUGCUCCUACAGGCGAAUACCUAUGUGUCCAUGGUGUGGGCCAUGAGCUACAUGAUCCACAUGCUCAUCCGGCUAAAUAACUUGUGGAAUUUGGAGGGCCUAUCCAUGCUGAUGGCCUACAUCCUGGCCAUUUCCGCCGAAUCCGUGCGCCUGUACGCCGGCUACUCGGUGAACCUGUGCUCCGGGGCCACCGCCAUGUGGCUGCUGCUCACGGUGACGCCCUGCAUCCUGCUGCCCGCCAUGGUCUUCCUGCGCCUCUCGGCCGCCGGACGAAGUCUCUGGCUGCGCAUCAUCACGAAUGCCGUCUUUGGUUUGAUUGCCCUGGAGGUGAUUGUGUGCCUGGUUCACUUUGUGAUCUGCAAGCCGGGCAAGCGAAUGUCUAGGAUGUCCCAAGGGGAAAAGGAACAGGAACAAGAGGAACCAGGGGAAUCAGAGGAUGAGGAGGAUGAUCUGUCGUCGUCGGAGGAGGAGCUAAAGCUCAAGUCCAAGUGAAGCAAAGGAGUUUUUAGUAAGGCUCUGAGGUUUACUUCGCAACAUUGGCAUAAAUAAUAAAGUAGGAUAAGCUAUUUAAGCUAGGCUAAGCUAAGGAAACGUUCUCCAUCGCGAUC